UGACAAGUUUUCUAGCUAGCUAACAUCUCUUAUAGAAGUGUCGACGUCCAGUCUUUCGUGUCCGUCACCGUUGAACUGCUGUGCAAAUAAUCAGAAAUCAAUGACCGUAUUCGGUUUAGAUAUGGUUCUGCUGAAAGAACCACUGGGAUUUAUACGCGUCCUAGAAUGGGUUUUUGCCAUAUUUGCAUUUGCAUCAACUGGCAGUUAUUCUGGCACAACAAACAUUAAUAUCCAGUGCCAAGGACUUAUCCACGAGAUCUCAAUCAGUUUUGGAUAUCCUUUUAGACUCAAUAAACAGGCAUUCCAGGUCCCGGUGUGCUCAGUCAAUGGUACAAAAACUGAGUACAACCUGAUUGGAAAUCAUGCCUCUUCAGCAGAGUUCUUUGUCACUGUUGGAGUUCUGGCCUUCCUCUACUGCACCGGUACUCUCAUACUGUACACAGGCUACCUGCACCAGUAUCGCGAGUCAAACCGUGGACCUGUUGUGGAUCUGCUGCUUACUGUAGCCUUCACGUUCCUGUGGCUGGUGUCCUCUUGUGCAUGGGGAAAAGGCCUUACUGAUGUGAAAAGUGCAACAAGUCCAACUGUGCUGGUUUCCUACAUUCGUGCUUGUAAGGAACUUGUAAAAUGCUCGCCUGGUGCCCUUCCCAGGUUUGGCCCCCUCAAUUCCUCUGUGAUUUCUGGGUUCCUCAAUCUUAUUUUAUGGGGAGGGAACUGCUGGUUCAUCUUUAAGGAGACACCAUUCCACAAAUCAUCAGCUUUUUCUGUCACUCAGCAAGAAGGAACAAGGCAGCCUUGACAAAUGACGUUCUGUUUAUAUUUAUAAAGCAGGUGUUGUCUGCUUCCAUUUCCGAUAUGGUAGAGCUCAGGAACUCAACUUUGUACUUUACUGCAGCAGAGGUUUCAGUCUGAAUUUUUCAGAAUGUCAGUUGAAAUUAUGUUCCUGUCUCAAUCUUGGUACCGAAGUCUUUCCUAAUGGUAUCAGUAAGACAGAUAUCUGAAAUACAGAUACUGUGGUGUCAUAUUCCUUUUUUUAAUGUCAUGUGAAUUAGCAAAAUUAGUCUUUUUUUUUUUGGUAGAUUAACAUUUCUUAACUUGAGCAUAGAUGUUUCAGAUGGACAAGUAUGCUGCAAAACACAUUCAGAUGUAGGGGCUGUUUAAAGCUUCAAAGCUGUCAGGGUUUACCAUCAGCACGAAAACCAUCACUGGCCAGCAAAUAGAAAACAUACAUUCCUGAAUACAAGUCUGAAUACCGAAAACUAUAGGAUUUUUUUAAGAAGUCACACUUAAUAGGAGAGAGCUUGUAAGAAGGAAAGACCAUUUUGGUUGUCAGAUAGUUGUAUUUGGGUAGCUCUGUGCCUGAGGUACUCUGACUACAAUAUGAAUUUGUUAGAAGUAAUCAUUCUAUUAGUAAUAGUUUGGGUUUUGCUCUUGAAGUAGCCCAUUUCUAGAAAUUAAAUAUUUUUGUUCCAUGAAACAGUAAUGCCUCCUUUAUAGACUUGAUUGAGGUCACAUAAUCAAUGUGUUGUAAGUUUUCCAAUUAUCUUAAGGGUCCAUUUUAGUAAUAAUUUAGCAGCAGCAGCAUCUCAAGCAAUAUCAUCACUAUGAUGUUGUUGAAUGUAGUUCUGUUCAUACAUUUAUACACAAGGACAUAUUGAAACAAUCAGAUAUAAUGCAAUGGAAGAGUGUUUACCUACCACUUAGCUUGUGCAAACUUUUGAAUAGCUAUGGCUGCAAAACUCUAGCACAGGAUGUUUUAUUUUAAAAGUACAAAUUUACAGUGUUUUGUCAAAAAAGGCUUGUUUUAGUCUUAGCUCUUGUAAUGUUAAGCAUGCAAUGUAAAGUACAUUUUGGUAAGUUUUUAAUGUGUUACCUUAAAAUGAAUCCAGGUUAAUAAAAUGUGUUGGGGUUU